UAUAUUUAACUGCAUACCGUCUAAGAGCUGGAGAAGGGAAAAUAUGUCUUCGAACGUGACAUCCGCGGAUACCACUGGAUCUGGGGUUACUACGGCACCCUCGCCCCUGGGUAGUACAACCGUAGCGCCUUCUGAUAGUACUGUCGAUAAGUUCUUUCUUGGCCUCACAUAUCAGCUCAUUGUCAUAUGUGCGAUAGGAUUCAAUAUCAUCUUGCUGCUCAUCUUCCUCAGAGUUAAACGCUUUAGAACUCCCGCGUAUUGGCUGCUCUUGGAUCUCGCUAUAACCGACAUCUUGGCUGCCUUCUUCUGGACUUUGCCAACUAUGGUUAGCGCAGUUGGCUCGAGUGCAUCCUGGGUGCCAACUGAAGGGUUUUGUAAAUUUCAGGGAUUCUUUUGUACCGCCUUCUUCUGCCAUAACAUGUUGACAGUCGUCUGUUUGGCGUUCGAGAGAGUUCUGAAACUAGUGAAACCCUCUAAAUGGGAGGAAUUAUUCACUAGUAAUACCGUUGUGUUGCUGAUCAUAUUUAACCUCUGGGUGUACAGUAUCGUCAUGUCGAUUUAUCCUCUCAUAGGAUGGGGAGCGUUUACAUAUUUUGAAGGACAAAAACAGUGUAGUUUUGACUUUGAGAAGAGUGUAUCUCAUUUGAAUUUCUUGUUUAUAACGUCAUUUGUUUUUCCCGUGUUGGUAGGAUUCAUCUGUCACUAUCUUAUUAAACUCAAACUCCGCUUCAUGAAAAAGCGAGUCGUCCCCGGAAUGGGCGAGAAAAUGGUUAUCGAGGAAAACAAAGAAGCACCUAUGGAUAGCUAUGCAGCCAAACUAAAGAAACAACAAAACAAAUUCAAACUAGCUGGAAUGAAAAAGAACAAGCCCACGGUGGGAAAGAAAAGUAAAAGGAAGGGCAAUGAUGAUGGUUAUGCAAGUGACAGUAGCAUGUCAUCAAGCGACGAAGAAGAUAAGAAAAAAGUGUCCACUGUUACUCGCAAUGACCAGAAAAAGGACGAGGACUUUAAACCAAAACGCAAAAGAGUCCACGUCCUGACGAAAUCAGACAUCUCGUUGGCGAGAACAUAUUUCAUUGUGUGGUUGGUGUUUAGUUUGAUCUGGCUAUUUUACUUCGUCAUCAACUAUAUCUAUACCUAUAGUCCUACCACCGCUCUCCCUGACGGUUUCCUCGUCGCUGCUGUAUGGUUCACGCACAUCACAACAUUUAUCAAGCCCCUUAUCUUCCUUACACACGGCCCUUUUCGGAAAUCAACCGCCGAUGCUCUUUCCAGCCUGAAAUCAUGCAAGUGUAUCAAAAAACAAACCCAAGAAGAAAAAGUAAAAUAUGAUUUUGGGGUUGGUGAGUUAGGCAAUUUUGAUUAUUUUGAUGAAAAGCGGAAAGCCAGGAAGACGACUGUGAAACGGCAGAGAUAUAAACACGAGUUGACUCCUCUCUAUGACAAUGAUAAUGAUGGUAAAAAGAUUGAAGAGAGUACGUUUGUCACAAAGACAACAACAACAACAACAACAACAAUCGAUGUUAAAUGACAGAUAUAACUUCCAGGCAUGAUAGUACUCAAAGAUAAAUCUGUAUUAGCAGUUGAGACAUAAUAAUUCUAUCAAUUACAUGAUUUAAUAUCUAACGUAUCGAUACAACAUCUCAAGGGUUUUCACCAAAGGAACAACCAACUCACUCUGAUAGACAAAAAGUGAUGUCAUCAGCUAAUGAAUUGAAUUCGAAUAAGAAAAUGUUUUUCACUUUUUAUAUUUUGUACUGUUUGGUGUUUUGUACUCUUUUUCUUUUUCUUUGAAUUAUAUGUUCAACCACGGAAUAAAAAGAUUCAAAGGUACAUGUACAAG